AUGUUAUUGAGAAGCACGUCUGCUCCGAUACUGAGCUCUUGGCUCCCACAACACUGCUCGAGAGAAUCCCCACCGGAGCCGGAGUCACGGCUCAAGCGCCGAAACAGAUCCUUGUAUCUUCUCUCUUCCAAGUCCACAGAUGGUGAACACACUCUCCCUGAUCACAAGGAGAGUACUGUUCUAAAAUCAAGAAACAGCGACAACGACAACAAAAACGUAAUAUCACGCAGGCAACGCAGGUCAUCUUUAGAUGAAAGUGUUCUUAUAAAAUCAAGAAGCAGCGACAACGACAACAAAAACGUAAUACCACGCAGGCAACGCAGGUCAUCUUUAGAUGAAAGUUCUCGUGGAACAGCCUACAGGAGAAAGGUUUUAGAUCCGUCGCCGACUUUUUUAUUGGAGAGGCUCUUCUCAAGCUCUGGACUGGGAGAAAAGAAAAGUGAUGAUGAUGAUCGUCUGGAGACUCUUGUGAGUGGUGGUGGUGUCGGGAUGGGAAGCAGCGGCGGUGGUGGUGGCCACCAUGGUGGAAGCGAUGUUGACGGCGGUGGAAGUGAGGAAGCCACCGAUGCGUAUUACCGAGAAAUGAUCGAAUCCAAUUCUGGAAACUCUCUUUUGACCGGAAACUACGCCAAGUUCUUGAAAGAGGUGAGAGGAGACAUGAAGAAAGCAGAGGAGUAUUGUGAAAGAGCAAUUUUGGGGAACACCAACGAUGGAAACGUUCUGUCACUAUACGCCGAUCUCAUUUUGCAAAACCACGGAGAUCGUAAAAGAGCCCACUCCUAUUUCCAACAGGCUACCAAAAUGUCCCCAGAAGAUUGCUAUGUGCAAGCUUCAUACGCAAAGUUUCUGUGGGAAGUGGACGAGGACGAAGAUGAAGGAGAAGAAGAAGAGCAGAGGAAUGGUGAAAUUGGCGAUAUGCCUCCAACUACCACCUUCCGUGAUUUUCCCCAACACACUCCUAUUACCUCACCAUCUUAA